AUGGCGCCUGUUUUCGAGUUAGGCGAUCCCGUUAAUCUUCCUUUGAUAGGAGCAGCAUGUUUAACUCUCUACGUCGUAGGGACUAUAUUCUAUAGACUCUUCUUGGAUCCUCUACGCUCGAUCCCCGGGCCGUUGCUCUGGCGCCUCACUAAUCUGCCGCGCGUUUAUCACACAUUAAAAGGCGAUAUACACGUUAAAGUUGGAGAGUUGCACAAGCAAUAUGGACCGGUCCUCCGACUUACACCUUACGAAGUCGUAUUCUGCGACCCCCAAGCGUGGAAAGAUAUAUAUGGUCACCGCGUUGGCAAUGUCCCAGAGAUUCCUAAAUGGGAUGAAUUUUAUAUGCCAAAUACCGAUCUCCCUCGCAGCGUAAUCACUGCCCCACGUAAAGACCAUGCAAUCCUUCGCCGUCAACUUUCACACGGGUUUUCCGAUAAGUCGAUGCGAGAGCAAGAAUCCUUGAUCAAGGUAUAUGUGGAACUAUUGAUACAACGGCUACACGAGAACGCCCAGAACGGCGCGGCUAGCCUCAAUAUGCGGGACUGGUACAACUGGACAACGUUCGACGUCAUCGGCGACCUGGGUUUCGGAAGGUCAUUCGGCUGCUUAGAGGGCUCAGGUUACCACCCUUGGGUGAAACUCAUUACGGAGACUUUCAGGGAAUCAUCAGUAUUCCAGAGCUUAGGGCAUUUGGGCUUACGGUGGGUAGUCAAGUAUAUUUACCGAUCUGGGAUAAUGGAUAAGAACAAGGAGAACCUCAACCUCGUCUCGGAAACACUACAUGAGAGAAUUAAGCUUGGUAAAGAGAGACCUGACUUGAUCGAUGGAUUGGUCAAGAAGAAGGACGAAUUAGGCCUGGACUUCGAAUCUCUCGUUAGUAACGCCAAUCUACUGAUCAUCGCGGGCUCGGAAACUACAGCUACCCUUUUGACCGGAGCUACCUAUCUCUUGACUACGAACCCGGAUAAGCUCGCGAAGGUCUCUGAAGAGGUCCGUUCUACUUUUAAGAACGACCAGGAAAUUACUCUUACAUCCGUCAGUCGACUACCUUACAUGCUUGCAUGCCUCAACGAGUCUUUGAGGCAGUAUCCUCCGGUUACUAGCGACAUACCGAGAGUUCUACCUAAAGGAGGCGCUACAAUCUCAGGAACAUCUUUACCCGAAGGCACCGUCGUCUCUGUGUUCCAAUGGGCUGUCAACUACAACCCGCAGUUUUGGAAGAAUCCUCUCAAAUUCGCCCCCGAGAGGUGGCUGGACGAUCCGGAAUACAAGGACGACCAGCAAGACGCCAUGCAGCCGUUUAGCACCGGGCCGCGAAACUGUAUCGGUAGAAAUCUUGCCUACGCCGAGAUGCGUCUUAUCCUGGCCAAGAUUCUUUACAACUUCGACAUGUCGAUCGAUGACAGCAGCCGAAACUGGGCAUUAAACCAGAGAUCGUUUAGCGUGUGGGAAAAGCCGCCAUUGUACAUCCACUUGACGCCUGUUGCCGUGAAAUCUGGGUAA